UUCCGGGUUAGUCACCGUGUUGCCGUCCUUAGUGGUUAUUUUGGCCUGAAUCGUUUUAGUUUUGAAGACCGUGCUGGAUUUACUAGCGGAGAAGCUAAAAUGGAGUUUAGGGUGACUUUCAGCGGCUCCAGGAGAGCUGCUAGGACGCUGUGGUUUCUCAUCCUGAUGAGCCUGUGCUUGUUCAUCACUGUUUGCCGAGCAUCAUCUCCUCAGGAGGAGGAGGACAGUGCCAUGCAGAACAUUGUCACGGAGAAAAGGGCUGAGGAGAGCCACAGACAAGACAGCGCAGACCUGCUCAUCUUCAUCCUGCUCCUCACCCUCACCAUCUUAACCAUCUGGCUGUUCAAACACCGGCGGUUCAGAUUUCUGCAUGAAACCGGACUGGCGAUGAUUUAUGGCCUGAUUGUUGGUGUAAUCUUGAGAUAUGCAGUGCACGUCCCUCGGGACGUUGGCACGGCCUCAAUGGGCUGUUUUGUGAACAUCAGCCCUGCCACCCUGCUGGUCAACAUCAGUGGGAAAUUCUACGAGUACACUCUGAAAGGGGAGAUCAGCGCCAACCUGGUGAACGACGUGCAAGAUAACGAGAUGCUACGUAAGGUGACCUUUGACCCUGAAGUGUUCUUCAAUAUUCUGCUGCCGCCCAUCAUCUUCCAUGCUGGCUACAGCUUGAAAAGGAGACAUUUCUUCCGGAACAUGGGAUCCAUCCUGGCUUAUGCCUUUGUGGGGACAGUCAUCUCCUGUUUUGUUAUUGGGUUGUUGAUGUAUGGAUGUGUGAUGCUGAUGAAGCAGUUCAGUCAGCUGGGUGGGGAUUUCUUCUUCACCGACUGUCUGUUCUAUGGAGCCAUCGUCUCUGCCACCGACCCAGUGACGGUCCUGGCGAUAUUCCACGAGCUGCAGGUAGACGCUGACAUGUAUGCGUUGCUGUUUGGAGAGAGCGUGCUCAACGAUGCUGUGGCUGUGGUUCUGUCUUCGUCCAUCGUGGCGUACCAGCCACAAGGAGACAACAGUCACACCUUUGAGGUCAUGGCAUUGCUCAAGUCUUUUGGGAUGUUCCUGGGAGUUUUCAGCGGCUCAUUUUCUCUGGGAGUGGCCACUGGAGUCGUUACAGCUCUCGUGACCAAGUUUACCAAGCUGAGGGAUUUCCAGCUGCUGGAGACGGCACUGUUCUUCCUCAUGUCAUGGAGCACGUUUCUGCUGGCUGAAGCCUGUGGCUUCACAGGUGUGGUGGCGGUUCUGUUCUGUGGAAUCACUCAGGCCCACUACACCUUCAAUAACCUGUCUCCUGAGUCUCAGGACCGAACGAAGCAGCUGUUUGAGCUGUUAAAUUUCCUGGCAGAGAACUUCAUUUUCUCCUACAUGGGUCUAACCCUGUUCACCUUCCAGAAUCACAUCUUUAAUCCGAUGUUCAUCGUUGGAGCGUUUCUAGCGGUUUUUGUGGGAAGAGCUGCGAACAUCUACCCUCUUUCAUUCCUCCUUAAUCUGGGUCGACGUUACAAGAUUAGAUCAAACUUCCAGCACAUGAUGAUGUUUGCAGGCCUGCGAGGUGCAAUGACCUUUGCCCUCUCCAUCAGGGACACAGCCACGUUCGCACGGCAGAUGAUGUUUUCCACCAAUCUUCUUGUGGUCUUCUUUACUGUUUGGGUUUGUGGCGGUGGCACCACUCAGAUGCUGUCCUGCCAGCGGAUACGAGUGGGUGUCGACUCUGAUCAGGAUAACUCUAUGGGUCUAGCUGACGGAUCGGAGAGAAGAAGCACCAAACAAGAAAGUGCCUGGCUUUUUAGAAUUUGGUACAACUUCGACCACAACUACCUGAAGCCCAUCCUGACUCACAGUGGCCCCCCUCUCACCACCACUCUGCCUCCGUGCUGUGGCCCUGUCGCCCGCCUUCUGACCAGCCCUCAGGCCAUUGAGAACGAGUGCCAGCUGAAGGACGACGACUCUGACCUCAUCCUGACAGACGGCGACAUCAACCUGAGCUACGGCGACAUCACGGUCAGCACAGACGCCAUGGGCGCCCACACCAACAGCGGUAGAAGCUUCUCCGGCACCGCCACUUCUGAUGACUUGGACCGAGAGCUGGCGUACGGAGACCACGAGCUGGUGAUGAGGGGAACCCGCCUGGUGCUGCCCAUGGAUGACUCGGAGCCGCCGUUCUCAGACUCCAUUCGUAACUUACGGAUGUGAAAAUCAUUCAAGACCCGGGUGUCUGUUUUAGAUGGACUAACCUGAGUCACUGAGCAAAAGACGAGUACUCGACUCUCCUCUUUUUCACACUUCCUUAUUUUAUUUUUUAUUUUUUUGCACUUUCCACAUUCCGUUUGCCUUUUCUUGUGCUUCUCACUUCCUGUUUAGCCAGACUGCUGUCUCUACCUCAUUCUACACCUCCCUGACAUCAACCAUUACCGUAUUACAGUCAUAUUAUUUUCAUCUUGGCUCCGUUACCUUACUGUAGCAUUGCACAGAGUUCUAGCAGCAUGUGUCCGCGUGUGAGUGCAAACACCAACCACUAGUUAAAUGAUCAGUGUACAGUAUAUCUAUGACGUUGUUAUGCAUGUGGAGGUUGCCAGUUGUUUUCAGAAGUUUAGAGCUCGUUUUUGUUAUAGCUUUGGUUUUGACUCUGAAUGUUGCUGCCUUUUCUCUGUGCACCAGAGGCGAGCUGACCCAGUGGAAAUCUCUACUUUACAUUUGGAUAAAAUCAAGUGCCUGGGAAUUGUAGGUUUGUUUUUUUUAAGCAUGGCAACCCUAAUGCCGCAUUAGUUCUUGCACACAAAACGCUGUUUUCUUUCCUUGCAUUUAAAAAAAAAGAAAAAAUAAUAAUAAAAACUCAACAGACGCCUCUGUCCAUAAGGUAGCAAUAUACUCCGUGGGUGUUCACACUGUCAGUUUGUGCUGUUGUGCUUGUAAAUAGUGUUAAGUGGCACCAUGCCAGAGCUGGCAGUGAAAGUUGUGCAGUGACCUUAGACUGUGACAUGGAGUUAGACUUCACACCUUAUUUUAGCCGCUGACUCUGCUCACAGCAGAAUGAAGGGCUGCUGAGGUGAAAAUGAGCCGAAGUGAGAAAGCCUUGUGCCAUUUCUCCUCCUGCACUCUGGCAUUUUUAAGAAAUCUGAGUCCACAUGACCUUAAAGUGUGUGUUAUGCUUUUUGAAUCACCGUUUUCAUACCCAUUUAGCUUUUUUCCACACAUUUUCUAUCACAACUGUUGCAUUUGUAGCAACAAAUCAUAUUGUCUCAUUUGAUUAAUUUAUUUUAAAAAACAUGAAGUUGCUUGCAAUGAUGUAAGAAAACAAAUGACUUUUUAGUAUUGCAAACUGGAAUACUGGUACAUUACAUUGGGGGGGUUUGUAAAAGAAGAUGGUGAUGAGGGGAAAUCAAAUGUGAGCAUACUUGCAUUAGACCCUUUAUACCAAUUAUGAAGUUGAACAGUCACUUCAGAUCCUGACUUUGCUCAAAAUUAUAGCUUUAUGGAUCCUUUGUUCGGUACAGAUGUUUUAUUUUUGAACCGACCUAACGAUUGCAGCCCUAAAUGAGUAAUUUGCAUAAGACAAAUCUACUUUUUAAAAAUAUGCUCUAAUAAGUUCAUUUUAUAUUUCAUCAUCUGGUCUGAGCUGAUAUGUGCACUGUUACUGUGACAGGUUGUUAUUGUGCUUAAACGCUGGAUUAUCCCAUGGGUCCUGCUAGUACGAUGUGUAAUGUUUAGACUGUUUCAGAGCAUGGAAAGCUGGUCAGAAGAGCUUUUCUUUUUCGGGAAGCUCAGCAGCUGCUGACACGGCGUUAACAGGAAGCGUUGAUGGGACGUCACCAUAGCAACACUGUGUUUACGAGAGCAGAAGCCAGACAGCAUUUGGUGACUUCGCUGAACGCAACAGUUUGUUGUGUUUCGGCUGCUUUGUGAGCCAAAGAAAAUGAAAGGAGUGCAUAUGAGAUGAAUGCAGGAGUCGGAUGAAGUGGUGAAUUAUUAAGCUGAGAGAAAGGGAGAUUAAUGACGGAGGAGUGGGACAGUGUUUAGUGUGUUUGUGUUUGAGAUGAUAGAGAUGGAAGGAAGAGCUGGCGUGUACAUUUCUCUUUUCCUUCCACGGUUAUCUUCUGCUGUGCAGGAACUUCUAAUUUUAUAUUAUUUCUAUUUUUAAUUUUAUCUCAUGUGACAUCAUAUACUUGAUAUUUUUGUUUAUGGACUUUUUGGAGAGAAAACAUCAAUUUGCACUCAUGUAUUGAGAACCUUUUGUAUAUUAUUAUUUUCUCUGCUGCUUGUUUGUUGUUACCCUGAUGAUUCAGAAAGAUUUUCUGAUUUGUUCAUGUUCAGUAGACAGAAUUAUUUCAGCGCUGCAGCAAAUACGUCACACAUCCACACAUAGCAUCGCUCUGUCUUAUCAGGUAAUGUGUGCUAUGUUUGUUUGCAGCCAAUCACUGUUUGAAUGCUGUUGCCAUAACGUCCACAGAGCCUGAAUCAUCUUCUACUGAUGGACUCUUGUCUAAUCGUGUGUUUUCUGACUGAUGUGUUCAAAUCUGGCCUCUGCUGAAAGCGGUCCACCUGUAGGUGUCUGUGGUUGACCUCCUACUCCUCCAGCCUCUGGUUCUGACUUCACCGUCUGAAAGAUGGCUCGUGUUUAUCUUUCAUCAUUAAAAUUCUUGUCAGAAGUUGCUGACCAAAAAGGCCUGCCAUGCUCCACGUUUUCAUGCACUCCAGUCUCUCUUUAUACUGCAAAAUCCUCUGUGGGUGUUUGUGUGAAUGUGUGUCCUAAUGGCUGCGAGUGUAUUUGAAUGUGUGUGAGUUCGAGAGGCGUGUCUUUUUCCAGUUUGUUGCAGGUACUGACUGUUUACAUCUGUGUAAAUAUGCCCUCACCUGUACUGUGUGCGUGCAAUGAUGAAUAAACAUGACUACAGCCCA